AUGUUGAAGCGGGAGGGAGAAUCCUUGGCUGAGCCCGUUGCCAAACAGGCUAAAGUCGAUGUGGAGGAAGAUCGAGCUGAAAGGGAACGACUGAGGCUUGAAGAAAAGGCCCGCAAGGAAGCGGAACGAAACCGUGCCAAGCAGGAACGCGAAGAAAAGCGGCUAGCUGAGAAGGCUCGAAAGGAACAAGAACGCUUGGAGGAACGGCAGCGACGCGAGGCAGAACGCGAGGCCAAGAAAAAAGAACGUGACGAGGAAAAAGCCCGCAAGGAAGCGGAGCGAGAGGCCGAGAAGGCGCGCAAAGAGGCGGAGCGAGAGGCUGAAAAGGCCCGUAAAGAGGCCGAGAAGGAGGCGGAGCGAGCUCGCAAGGAGGCAGAAAAAGAGCAAGAAAGAGCUCGGAAAGAGGCCGAGAAACGCAAAGAAGCAGAGGGCCAGCUCAAAAUCAACACGUUCUUCAAGGCAAAGCCGCUGGCAAAGGUCGAGGCUGAGCCCGAGCCCGAGUGCGACUACGAAAAGUACUUUUUGCCCUACCAUCAAAAGGCCAACUCCAAAAUUUACACAGCGCCCACUUUUGAUCCAGUGUCGUCGGCGGACACCUUGGCCUGGCUGAAAACCGAGACAUUUGCCCCCCCAAAAUUCGACUAUUUAUCUGCAAACCAAGUCGAGGCCCAUCUCUGUAUGGUUACCGAAACCGAGAUGCCGUCGUUACUGGCAAAACUGGACAUUAGACACAUCCAAUUCGCCGAAAAUCUUCGACCACCGUACGUGGGAACGAUUGCUGAAGUGGACAAGGAUUCCAUUGAACAGCUAUAUACCAAUCCGUCACAACGGCUCCUGGAGUUGAACUACGAUUACGACUCAGACUAUGAAUGGUUUCAAGAAGAAGAUGAUGGAGAGGAUUUGGGCGACGACGACGGAAGUGAAGAAGACGAAGAUGAUGACGACAUGGACGAGUUCGUCACUUCUGACGAUGAGACGAAACGGAUGCAAAUCACUGGUCCCCUCACUCCACUGGUUGUUUGGAACAACGGUGAAACCAAUUGCUUGAGUAGCUUCACGGUGGAGUUUCUUUUGGAUCUUCCGCUCAACCCUCUGAAAGACUACUGGACAGUGCCUAAGGACAAGCCGGAAAAAUCUACGGAUGCUGGCUCAGAAGCUCUUAGUCCUGAAGCCACAAAGGCAUUGCUGCACAGCGUGCACGGCCGUAAGAUGAACCAAACGCUACUUGUCGAACUGCUCAAACAGGAGUUCCCACAAGUUCCCAAGACCGCCAUCCUGGCAACUGUUCGGGCGUCAGCUAAAAGGCUAGGAGGUAAAGAGUCGGACAAGAAAUGGGUUGUAAACAAAGAUCUUUGCAAUAUGUACGAGAUCCCGCGCUUGACACCCGAGCUCACGCCCGAAUAA